AAAGAACAAUCAGUCACAAGGUACGUAAUGCAAGGCUCCCCACCAUGCAUAUUGCCUUGUCUUGUGCCGCCAUUCUUCCCGUCUGCAUCUCGAUAUUUCCUAAGCUCAUACUGAUCGAAUCUGACCCCUUUUAGCUUCCCAGUAGCUGUCCCUUUUCUCCCCUCUCCUCAGGCUUAGGAGCUCUUCCCUGCAUCCCAUCGAAUCGACCCGCCUCGAAUCAUACCGAAUUCAGCAUCAUGGCGCAGUUGACUGCAACCACCUUCUCUACCGAUCCGGCCUUGUGGAUCUUCACUUCCUUGACCGCUGGGAAUAUGCACAUCGUGACCGCCACGUCCCGUCUCGAGACCAUCCUGCGCGCCAACCGCGUCCCCUUCAAAGCCAUCGAUCUCUCCACCGAUGACAAGGCCCGCAUGCUUUGGGGCCGCCGUGCCGGCAAAGACGCUUCGGGCCGACCGAGGAAGCUCCCAGCUCUCAUACAAGAAGGCCUCGUCCUCGGUGACAUCGUCGAGAUCGAAGAAUGGAACGAAUAUGGCGAGCUCAAGCAACAUGUCAAGAUCUACUACGACGAAUUCACUAUCCCCGAUAUCAACAAUAAGCCCAAGGAAAUCGUCAAGAAGAAAAUCAUCAAAAAGGUACCAAAGGGCACGUUGGCAGCGAAAGCCGCUGCCGCUGCCUCUUCAUCUGAGUCUUCCUCGUCCGCUCCUGCGCCACCGCCGGCGCCUCCCUUGCCCAAGGACGAUACAUCAAGCGCUCCAGCGCCUGCCAAAGACAAGCCGGUCAAUACGCCAAAGUCACCUGUCGAGAGUGCCUCUACCGCGUCCCACCAGUCCAUCGCCGACGAGGCAGCCAAGAGGGCUAAGGAAAUCCGGCUGAAAUCGCUGCGCGAAAAGGUACAGGCAGCCGCAGAUAAAAGGGCCGAGGGCGAAGCUGCGGCUGCAUCCGCGGCAACAACGACCGCCGCUGAGCCCGAAAAGAAGGCCGAAGCCAAAGCCGCUGCCGAACCUACGACCGCAACCCCGGAAACGCCCCGAGAGCCUUCCGUAGCAAGCACUGGCAGUGGUUCGUCGGUCCAGAGCGCCAAGCCCCUGGGCCUUCAAUCGCCGACUACGGGCUCUUGGGGUAUCACUGCCACCACGGCAACCAACCCAGACGCUCUGCGCGAGACACUCCAGUCGCCGACAACAGCCCGGUGGAAGCCCUCCGAUGUCGAUAAGCCCGUGACGGUCCACAUGGGCGCCGAGGUGGCUUCUGCAUCACAGGAAGAGAUUGCCGCAGUCGAGAAGGCCGAAGCUAUCAAGGAAGAGCCCAGCCAGGAGAACUCCGACGAGGAAGAGUCGGACAAGAAGAAAAUUGCAGAGGUCGAGAAGGCCCAGGUCAUCAAGGAGGAGCCAGAGAAGGAGGAAGCGUCGAAGACAGAGGAAGAGUUGAAGACAGAGGAAGAGUUGAAGACAGAGGAAGAGUUGAAGACAGAGGAAGAGUUGAAGAAAGAGGAAGAGUCAGAGAAGAAGAAGAUCGCCGAGGUCGAGAAGGCUGAGGCUAUCAAGGAGGAACCGGAAAAGGAGGAAGCUGAGGACACUACCAAGCCCAACGUGACGGAGAAGACAGCUGCGCCGAAGGAGGCUGCCGCGACAGAGAAGACCUCGGCCCCUGCGAAGGAAGUCAAGGCAGCGCCGCCUGCAGAAGAUGAUGACGAGGAGGACGAUGACGAAGAAGACGAUAGCGACGACAGCAGCGAGGACAGUGAAGAAGACGAUGAAGAAAGUGAAACCGAGACGAAGCCCAAGGCCACUGAGGCGAAGAAGGAGGAUGCUGGGGGUUCGAAGGCGAAGGAGGCAGAAAUAGCUUCCAGGCCUAAAGCGGCAGUGCCCCAGAACGAUGGGAAGCCUGUGGGAGACGCAUGAUUAUUGUGCAAGAGUAGUAGGGGCUUAGGGGAUGGAAUGACGUUGGAUGAUGUUCGCAGAUGAGGCGGGUCGUUUGAUGUUUUUGAGGGGAAAACCUAUAGCUCUCAUUUCAGACGGUACGCUAGAUCUCCUCGUCGAAUCAGCUGCACAUGUGCAUUUGUUCAAGGGCUUGCACUGAUGUUUCAUGUCAUGAUCUAUGUGUCCAUGCCUCCAAAUCACUGAUAGUGGUAUCGUAUCCCGCGUUAUAAGAGCUCAUUUCAUUACCAUUACUCAUAGGUUAUACGUCUGAUAUCCCUAGUCCCAAGUUGUGUAUUCCAAUGCGCCAACACCGUUUACUCCUUCGCGAUACCCGCCGCUCAAAAGAAAGCCAAAGCUUGUGUAUCUAAAAGUCAAGAGGGUAUCCCACAUGACAGAUCCGCCAUAGCUUGAUAGAAACCACCGCCGCUUCCCGUACGAGUCCGGCCUCUAUUCAGUCUCGUCGCUGCUAGAUUGGCUCUCCUCCACGGCUCCGUUAGCAAGCUUCCUCGGCGGCGGUCGUACCCACUGCUCAACCUCCUCGCACGCCACCGGCACCCGGCACGCGUCCCUGACGUCGCAUGUCUUCCACAGCACCUCGCGCACCUCCUUAAACACCUGUUCCGGCGCGUCCAUGGCCCAGAUGACGUCGAGGUGCUCGUACUCAGGUAUGACCUUACUGUGCACGACGUUGACGUGCGGCUCGCGCCCGCGUUCGAAGCGGCGGAGGAGCUUCUUGCCGUCCACGAGGUCGUCGUUGCCCGCAACCCAGAGGGCAAAUGGGGGCACUUGCUCGUUGUACCAAGCUGUGGAUCCCUUCGGUCUGCGGACGUGGUCGUCUACGGUCCGUUGCGACAUGACGCCGUCCGCAUCGUCGGCUCGGAGAGUGUGGCUAUUGCCGUUGGUGUUGUUGGCAUCGUGGCCGUUGAUGUUAUCCUCCUUCUCCUCGGCGCGCACGUCUUCUUUCGUUGAGAGGAUGCACUUGUGUCGCGCGAAGCAUUCUCUGCCCAGCCACCAGCGCAUCGACUCCGCGCUGACGUAGACGGGUGCGAAUUGGAACAUGCGAUCCUUGAGACCGCGAUCCCACCUCGUGUCCGUCCAGUCAAAGAGGAAAGAAAAGACUUUGUAGCCGAGCCAGCCGUAGACCUUUGGGUGAAGCAGCUGGUGCAUCUGCAUCAUAAAGGGGAUGAAGGCGUGGAUGCCAAACAUCAACCUGAACAUGCCCGGAGUGAUGAUCCUCAUGAACUUGAAGUACAUCUUGCCAAUCAAGGGACCGGCGUAGGCGGCCGGCGCGAGCGCGCAGAAAACGGUCAACUUUUCGCCUAGGUCUGGCCGUUGCUCCUUGGCGAGUGCGACCAGCGUCUGGGUCGUGCCCUGUGAGUGGCAGAUCAACCCGAUCUUUUCGAAGCCGGUCUCAUAGAGCACGCGCGAUGUGAGCGCCGGCAGAUCAAAGACGCCCAUCUGUCGGAUGUUCCAGCACCACAUCCUUGGGUCGGUGUACUUGAGCGAGGUGUGCUUUGGCUUGAAGCCGCAUCGGUUAUUGCCCAGCCAGACGUCGUAGCCAGACUUGCACAGGUAGAACGCGAGCGAACUUUCGUCGUUUGUGCAAUAUGCGCCGGAACUUUGUAGGAGACCGUGGAUGAGCAGAACAGGGAACUUGCGCUUCUGAUCAGGAUCCUUGAGCUUCUUCUUGGAAGACUGGAAGAUGUCGGGUCCUCUGUCGGACCUAUCGUCUUCGCUCAUCCUUGUGUACUCCUUGGGGUCGUAUACGUGCCAGAGAUCAAUGAGGAAGCCGUCCUCGGUCUGCACCUCGAUUUCCUCGACAUCCAGGCCAACACGGCGAGCGUAAUAGCCUACGUCGCAGACGAUCGGGUCUGGUCCCCCUUCGGUCGGAACAAACUCAUCAGCAGCUUCAUUCACUUUACCCAGCCUAUCGCUGGUCUUGCUGCGCUUCCAUUUUUUGUUCUCCUCCUUGCGACUCUUGGCUCUGCGUGCCUCCUCUUCGUGGAAGGGCCUCUUCUUAUCGGGAUUUUGCAGUGUCAUGCGAUAUAAGAUCCUCUUGCACAGCGGGGGGAUGCUAGUGAAGAGCGCACCCAGCACAAUGACCCCGAGAAAGGCCAAACUGAGGAAGAAUGCUGAAAUACGGAAUAUCAAGCAUUGAACAUUACGAAAUAUUGACGGAGGCCCGUAGAGAGGCAGAGGCGGAAACAAUGGGUUGGUAUGUGAGGGAGGUGUUUGGCGACGAAGAGGUGCUUCACCUGAUUUCUGCAUGGAUUUCCCAUUUGCAUCGGUCGGUAGAGAGACAAUCCUCUCUCGUUUCUCUGAUAGCACACCGGCGUUUGUGACCUUUCCGUCCGUGUCGUUUCCCUCCUUGAUCUUGGCCACGGCUGAACCGUCUUGAAGUUCUUCCUUGAGAAUGUUCAACUUGUGCGCCUCUUGAAGUGGUACACCCGGUAGUCUCUUGCCGUCCGAUGUGACUAUAACGGGAUCUUGAGGUGUUACGAAGCGGGCUUCGACCGCAACCUCGGAAUCGUUGUUGUUACUCUCGCUUUUUUGCAGUGACAAUUUCUCGGCUUGCUGGGCAAACUCGAUAGCAGCAUGUGCGAUGCCAUUGUCGUGUAAUCGGUCUCGGCCGCGCUCCGGGGACUCGGAAAAGUUGCCCAUGACGUUUGGGGGUUACAAGAUUGUAUGCGACGGUCGCGCACAGAAAGGGAUGAUCGGCAACGAACGCGACAAGCAUACAAUUUCGUUUCUGGAGGGAUUCGAGCGCGGAAAGGAAGAGUGUGGUCGCUUUCUUUGCGCGACUGAAUAAGGAUAUGAGAUGAAGUUGGCAAGAUACUGAUCGAGGUAGAAUUCUGCUUGUCAAAUGUGGUUUUCACAGCCACUGAUGGCAUGAACAGGCAUCACGGAGAUGGUGUCGAGGAUUGUCCAAGGCAGGGAAGCAAAAGCGUAGAUCCGGGACGCAGAAGGGUGGGAGGGUAGGGGUGUGUGAAAGUAAAUUGGGGAUGUACGGGUAGGGAUAUUCAAAGUAAUGUCCUCGUCUGGUAAUUGGAAAGCAGCUAAAACGGCACGAACGGGUUGGCGGGUGGAUGAAAAGGGAGAGAGGCGAACUAGGGGACAUUGGAGACCAACAAAGAUAAGGGGCAAUUUGCAAGUAGCAGCCAUCAAAAAGUAUUGCUCUCGAUUGUUGACCAGUCGGUCUCACCGCAAGAAUCGUGGUGUGAUUGACGUCGAUGUUGGUCCAGAUCGAAUUCCAUCGCGCUCACUCUCAUGCUCCAGGGUGACAUUGGCCAUGCCUUGCGAAGUUGCGCCUCACAUCCCAAGCACGGGUGACGGAAGCAGUAACCUGGAGUCCACGAGGCCCAGCCGCUGCCAUUUGAAACUCUUUUUGGCGCCUCUCUCGGGCCUUCCUUCCCUGUCAUUUCCUUUGGCUGCAGCAAAGAACAACAACAAGAGACGACGGAAGAGCGAGAAAUGAGGCGCCGGCUGGCCGCUGCCGGCUGAGCCUCGAGGUCUCGGAAGCGUCGAGCCAGCCGAAGGCACG